CCCUCCUUUACCACGAAGCUCGCCUUUGAGGACCAUGUCCAUCAAUGGAGCUCAGAUACCUUACUUGAUUCAGUCGCAGGUCAGAUCUCUGGCCCGACUCGGGAUCGCUACUCCCCAUCGCUGCGAUGUGCACCGAACCAUUUGUCACCAUGCCCACCGGCCUCUCCGCGGCGCAGGCCUAACGCUAUUCCCAGAUGUUCAUCUCCUGCAGCGUCGCCAUGCCAAAACCCAGUCAACAGUGAAGCUAAAGGACCUGCCUCAAGGCGCGGUGAAAUUAGAGCCCUAUCGAGAUGUGGUAGAUGACGGACCGCGGUAUCCCACGGUUGUUCAGGGACAUCGCAAUAAUAUGCACAAGUUCAAGAACUGCGUUAUCUUGACGCGAGUCGGGGGCUUUUAUGAGGUACGGAUAGCCUUCUUGUCCAACGUCGACGCGGAGGAUGUUUUUCUGGAAGCGAAGGGUUCUAACUGCGCUCCAGCUCUACUUUGAGCAAGCGGAGGAGCUUGCCCCGUUGCUUAAUAUUAAGCUGGCUUCCAAGAAGACAAGUGCCGGUCCUGUCCCUAUGGCAGGAUUCCCAUUCUUUCAGCUAGAUCGGUUUUUGAAAAUUCUUGUCCAAGAUCUCAACAAAUACGUAGCCAUCAGUGAGGAGUUUGCGCACGGUGCGGAGGACAAAGCCCGGUCAGGGGGCCUUCUGUUCGACCGCAAGGUCGCGCGAAUCAUCACUCCAGGAACCCUAAUCGACGAGAAGUUCAUGGAUCCGUCCGAAAAUAACUUCUUAAUGGCCAUAUACAUAGAUUCCUCGAGGAUAGUGAAGUUGCCCGCCAGUAGUGAUGACUCGUCUUCCCACCAACACAUUCUCUCCUCUGCUUCCCAAAAUGUGGGCUUGUCUUGGUUAGAUCUUUCAACUGGGGACUUUUCCACCCAGUUUACUACUGCACAGAUGCUUCCGUCGGCCAUCGCCAGGAUUGGGGCUCGAGAAAUUCUCGUAGAUCAAAAUCUUCAAGAUUUGGUCGGCCAAGAGUUACAGCUGUUAAUCGGACAUGAUCAACGGCUUAUGACUUUCUUUCAAUUUCCCAAGCAUAUUGCGCCUAUGUCGCAAUGGACUUCUAUGCUAGAAGCUCCUCUUUCGUCCAAAGCGAUUGAAUCUUUUACGCAAGAGGAGGUGGCUGCGGGUUAUAGCCUGUUAGAGUACAUCCGAGUUCAGCUCCAGGGCCUCAAUAUGAAGCUUCAACCACCUCGUCGUCGACACUUAAAUGAAUCAAUGAAUAUCGACCGGAACAGUCUCAGGGGCCUAGAAAUACUCGAAACAGCACGCGAUGGUUUUGGAAAAGGCAGUCUACUUCAUGCUGUCCGACGGACUUCGACCAAGAGUGGAGCGCGACUGCUGAGAGAUCGCCUGACAUCACCGUCUACUUCUUUGCCAGUGAUCAACGAACGGUUGGACCUAGUAUCGGCCUUCAUCGAAGAUAGUGAUCUACGAAAUUGUUUGACACAACUGCUCAAACGCAGUUACGAUGCUCAACGUUUGGUUCAGAAAUUUACCCUGGGACGAGGAGACCCAGACGACUUGAUCUGUCUAUCCAGGGCAAUUGAGGCUUCGAAGGAGGUAAAGAGGGUGCUGUCAAGGAAAAAGCACGAAACUACGACGGAAAGAACCCGUCGAUCACUACAAACAAUGAUUAGUCGUCUCAAGCUCGACGGACCUCGUAUUCUCGCGGACAAGAUCCUGUCUGCAAUUGAUGAAGAAGGGCUACUCCAAAAGCAGCGCAUUGAGGACGAUACAGCUGCGGAAGCGGCUAUCCUAGCGCAAGAGGUUACCAUGAGUGAAGGCCUGCCAGGAGAUCUAGAGGGUCUUCCGAAAAAGAUCAGAUCUAAGAGUGCGGAUCAUCGCGCACCUGUAGAUGAAUCAUCCACCAUCGAUACCUGGAUCAUGAGACGCGAUGCGAGUCCUGCUCUAGAAGGACUUCACCAGACUUUGGAAAAGUUACAGGACGAGAAACUUGCUCUCACCCAGUGUUUACGUGAAUCAGUAGGUUCGUCUACUUUGACGCUCAAGUGGACCCCAGGAUUGGGCCACAUAUGCCAUGUCAAGGGCGCCAAAGUUAGCCAAAAAUCAUUAGAAGAGCUCGGCGUAACACGAAACGUCUCCUCUACUAAAACUACUAGGUCGUUUUAUUUACCAGCUUGGACCGAACUCGGCGGCCGCAUGGACCAAGUAAAGCUUCAGAUCCGCCAAGAAGAGCAAGCCAUCUUCGAAAAUCUGCGGCGCGAAGUUAUCUUGAACCUCGUCAAGAUCCGACGCAACGCCUCGGUUAUGGAUGAACUGGACGUGGCCUGCUCGUUCGCCACGCUCGCGCACGAGCAACAGCUUGUCCGACCCAUCCUCACACAAGGCACCAGUCAUAAGAUUGUCGGGGGGAGACAUCCUACUGUCAAGCUGGGGCUCGAGGAGCAAGGCCGGCAUUUUACCAGCAAUGACUGCUUCCUUGGCGAGGCUGAGCGCAUCUGGCUAAUUACGGGGCCCAACAUGGCGGGUAAAAGCACAUUUCUGCGCCAGAACGCAUUGAUCACCAUCCUCGCGCAGGUCGGAUCGUUUGUUCCCACGGAGUACGCAGAAAUCGGCAUCGUCGACCAAAUCUUCAGCCGCAUCGGAGCGGCAGAUGAUCUAUUCAGAGACCAGUCCACAUUCAUGGUGGAGAUGCUCGAGACAGCUGCAAUCCUGAAGCAAGCCACGCCGCGGUCCUUCGUGAUUAUGGACGAAGUCGGUCGUGGGACAACACCAGAGGACGGGACCGCCGUGAGCUUCGCCUGUCUGCAUCAUCUACAUUACCGCAACCAGUGUCGAACACUGUUUGCAACUCAUUUCCAUGCGCUUGCUGAUAUGACGGACGGUUUUCCUGCGCUGGGGCGAUACUGCACGGAUGUGAAAGAGACCACCUCUGGAUCAUUUUCCUUUGUUCACCGACUGCGAAAGGGUGUGAACCGCGAGUCGCAUGCUCUCAAGGUCGCCCAGUUAGCAGGACUGCCCCAGGAAACUCUCGAUCUGGCACGAAAUAUACGCAACAGCAUCCACAAGACACCUCUCCUCAGCGCAUCUACUGUAUCAUAAUUCAUUAAUUACUACCUAUGUACAAUAAAAACAACCUACCCACCUAUCCAAUACCAUACAUCCACCCACCUAAGUACAGGUCCCAGACAGGGCACUGGAUACUGGAUACUGAUCCCAAGAUCCUGGGGAUCGAGUACAUAAAUCCAAUCACUACCUCGUAGCAAGCAAGCAAGCACCCCC